AUGGUUGAUACUGGCGCUACACAUACUCUAAUUGCUCGUUCUGCUCUCGAAACCUUUUCACAUCCUCCUAUAAAUAAAUCUUUUACAACCACUGCUGUACUCGGUGAUGCUUCCACCACAAUAAUUGUUCAUGGUUUUGUUCGUCUGUGCAUCUACGUUAAUUGCGUUCCUACAUAUGCUUCUGUAUUCGUUGUCAAUUCUUUAGGUGUUGCUUUUAUUCUUGGAAUGGAUUGGUGCCUUAACAAUGGUGUUCUGUUACAUCUUCGUGAACAACAACUUAUUGUUCGCCAUCCUGUGUAUGGGCACACCAUUGUUCAUUUUUUGGAUUCUGUUUCUAUUCCGAUUCGUCUUGCUCAAUCAAUUCAGCUUGCUCCUUGUCAUGAACAUAUCGUACGUACAUUUAUACCUUUAUCAUUUGCUUCUUGUGUUUCUUAUACUCCUGACAGAAUUUUAUGUCGCAGAAAGAAAAUUUGUAUUCCGGACGCUCUUUUAAAAAUAACUCGUUUUCACUCUUAUAUAUUAAUUCAUAAUGCUGCUAAUACACCUUGUACCCUACGUAAAGAUACAAUUGUUGGUACUAUUGAUUUUUUUAACAAUUUCCCUACCCCAAUAAAUGUUACCACCUUUCCUUCCUCUCUAUGCCUAUCCUCUUCUCAUUUACCCUUGAUAUCAUUAUCUUCGAUUCAACCAACUUCUGUCAACCAAAUAUCUACUCUCGAUUCGAUUCUUUGCGCUUUGGUUAAUCAUAUCAUUGAUGAAGAGGAACAGAACGAUUGUCUU